GCCUCGGCGCGGGAGCUCUGAGGAUCCCCGCAGACACUGAGUGUCCUCAGGGGCUCCGCACGCCCGGCCACUCUGUCCCGCCCGCCGCCCCGGCGUGCGGCCCGCGUCCUACGGAAGCCUGAGUACUUGGGUCGGGGGACAGAGUGCCCCAGGUUUGCAGCAGAGAUCGCGGCGGCGCCCGGGGAGAUGCCUGGAAAGAAGGCGCGUAAGCGCGCGCCACCGAGCCUAACGCGGGCGCCGGCAGAACUGGAAGUUGAGUGUGUCACUCAGCUCAGGAAAACUGAAGAUAAACUGAAUUCUCUGGGGUCUGGAGCAGAGAUCACAGCUGUGCUUGCAGAGAUGCCUGGAAGGAAGGGGUGGAAAAGCGAGCAGCCGACCCCAGCGUCAGCGUUGACAGAGGUGGAAGUUGAGUGUGGCACUCAACUCAGGAGAUUUGGAGACAAAGUGAAUUUCCGUCAGAAACUUCUGAAUUUGAUUUCCAAACUCUUCAAUUUAGUGACCUGACUGCUUCAGAAGCUUUUGCAUGAAGGGUGUCCUUUAAAAAGGAAGUAUCCCAGUAGGUCCAAUUUUUGUGAAAAAACAUUUCACUUCCUUUUGGAUGUCUUUGGAAUGGGAAGACAGAACAAGUCAAAAGAUGAAUUUCUGUAGGAAGUUUCCCAGAAAUCAUUCUUUGGGAUGUGAGACCAUUGCAGAACCAUGUUUUAUUUUAAAACGUGAAUGGAGGAGACUUAAAAAUAGGGAAGUCAUUGUUAAUGCAUUUCUUUUUUGCUUAGAGAUUAUUCUAUUAUUUUGCAGAAGGUUGCUGCCCAACCUGGGUAAUAAGAGUUGACAAAUGAUUACACUAGGCAAUGGGGAAGAAGUAGCUCUGUGUUUUUGCUUUUUCAGUUUUCGAUUAUACAU